UAAGCCCCUUUUUCGUUCCGCCCAAAGGAUCCUCUCGAUUGAAAGGUCUACUACGCUUCUCUGAAGCCCGAAUCGAUCUCUCUUCCUUGCCGCCGUCUACUCCUCGACGAAUGCAUCCCUAAUUAGCGCUUGGUUUUGCGUCUUUCCGCUCUUUGAAAUAUUGUUUAGAAACCCAUUCAGCUGAUGAAAGAAACCAUCUCCUGUACCUGUUUUCUGUCCGUCAAUCCGAUUUUUUCUUGGUCAUUCUGUUCUUGAAUGGUAGAGGGAGGCGAAUGGAGAUAAAGUACUCGAUUGAUGACCUCCCGGUUCAGGAUCCUCCAACAGAGGAGUUCACCGCUUCGGACCUCACGUGGACUAAGUACGGAAGCUCUGAGCACCACGUCGAUGAUGUAGCUCUUGUUCCUUAUGACCGGGUUGAUGCCUUUAUCGGUGGUGAAUGCUCGAACCCAGAGCAUCCCACUCGAUUCCACAUCGAGAGGGGAAGGAAGAGAGAGAGGGGUAGCCUGAAGGAAUGUAAAAGUGAUGAAUACCUCCUAUAUAGGCUAUAUUGGUGUUCAUUUGGUCCGGAGAAUUAUGGAGAGGGGGGAAGCAUAUUACCUAGCCGAAGAUAUAGGCUCAACACAAGAAAUCGUGCUGCUCGGCCGCAAUCCAUGCGUGGCUGCACGUGCCAUUUUGCCAUCAAGCGCUUAUAUGCACGACCGUCGAUUGCUCUUAUCAUAUAUCACGAAAGGCGCCAUGUCAACAAGUCGGGUUUUAUAUGCCAUGGUCCGCUUGAUCGUGAUGCUAUCGGCCCAGGUGCCAAGAAAGUCCCAUACAUUUGCAGUGAAAUCCAGCAACAGACCAUGUCCCUGAUUUAUCUUGGCAUUCCCGAAGAAAAUGUUUUGCAAACACAUAUUGAAGGUGUUCAACGAUAUUGUGAUCCAAACACGAGCGUGAAUAGCCUUGCUUCUCAGUACGUCCAGAAGCUUGGGAUGAUUAUUAAAAGGUCCACACAUGAGCUGGAUCUGGAUGACCAAGCCAGCAUUCGCAUGUGGGUUGAGAAAAAUAAGAAAUCCGUGUUCUUCUACCAGGAUUCUUCAGAGACUGAUCCUUUUAUUUUAGGGAUCCAAACAGAGUGGCAGUUGCAGCAGAUGAUCCGGUUCUGUCAUCAAAGCAUUCUAGCAUGUGACUCAUCUUUCGGCAUAAGCAAGCUGAAGUAUCCACUGUACACGCUCCUUGCUUUUGACUCUAGGCAUCAUGCUUUGCCUGUUGCUUGGGUUAUAACCCGAACCAUCACUAAGCAGGAUGUUUCUAAAUGGAUGAAAGCUCUUGUAGAUAGGAUUCGUGCUGUUGACUCGGUUUGGAAUAUCUAUGGGUUCAUUAUCGAUGAUCCAGCGCUAGAAAUUGACCCUAUCAGGCAAAUAUUUUGCUGUCCUAUCCUCUUCUCACUCUGGCGUAUUCGUAGAUCAUGGCUUAAAAAUGUGAUCAAGAAGUGUGGUCACAUUGAAGUUCAGCGAGAAAUAUACAAACGAUUGGGCAAGAUAAUGUACAGUAUAUGGACUAAAGAAGAUCCUAUGGAUGCUAUGGAAGAAUUAUUUCAGGAUUUUAUUGACCAGACUGCCUUCAUUCAGUAUUUCAAGGCAUUUUGGGUUCCAAAAAUUGAGAUGUGGCUUGGAACCAUCAAGAGUCUUCCACUUGCAAGCCAGGAGUCAUGUGGUGCUAUCGAAGGAUACCAUGUGAAGCUCAAGCUCAAAGUUUAUGACGACUCCCAUCUUGGUGCACUCCAACGAGUGGAUUGGUUGGUUCAUAAGCUGACAACCGAACUUCAUUCCGGUUACUGGCUUGAUCUAUAUGCAGAUGAAAGCGGGUCUUUCCCAUCAGUAAAAGAGGAAUACAUUUUAUCCACUUCAUGGCACAGGGCUUUGCAGAUUCCAGACGAUGCUGUUACUUUCGACGAUAAAGAGCAUCUCUUUGCUAAGGUUCUAAGCCAGAAGGAUGGUGGCCAAGAACGGAUGGUGUGGAACCCAGGGUCAGAGUUUGCUCUCUGUGAUUGUUCAUGGUCAAUGCAGGGGAACCUUUGCAAACAUAUUAUAAAGGUUAAUCUUCUCUGCCAACAUAAAAAGGAGUUUCUGCCUUCCUUGUCGUACUUAUCAUUUCAAGAGGUCCUGCUCGAUCUUUGGAGAAAACCAAUGGACGACUCUCUAUCGCUUGAUCUGUCCAUGGCAUGGGUUGCACAAAUGCAGGACAAUAUUCAAAGACUAGUGGAACUCAUUACUUCUGGUGAUAUCGCCAAAGUGACCAACAAAUUGCCAUUGAAAUGGAUUGGUAGAAGAGAGAGGACAUCAGUUGGUAAACCCACUGGUGGUAGUACUCUUUCUCUUCGUCGCACUAACAAAGGAGGUGUCCAAAAAAAAGCUGCCGCUAGGAGGAAGAGCCGAAAGCGUAAGAGACUCUCCAGAAUCAAAAGUUACUCAUAAAUUCUAUGUUUCACGAUGAGGAUUGUUGAUAAAUUAGCAACCCAUGUAGAAAGUUCUCCAUGAUCUUUUGGGUAAAAUUUAGAUGCUUCAUCGCCGACGAUUGUGCUUAAGAGCACAUGUUCUUCUUGUUUCAACACAAGAUCUUUUGAUUCAUGGGUAUAUCUACGAUAAAAUUUCUCAA